GUCUGACUUGGCGGCGCGGCGCGGCGCUUCGAGGCGGUCCCCGGGGUCAGGUUUCCUCCUCUCGCCUCCCGGGGAGGGGUGCGGAACUCCGAACCUUAUCAGCGGCGUUCGUCUCCGUGGCAUUCCGACGGACAGCCGCCCUCACCGACGCCCUGAUUGCUGGGGCGGGGGGGGGUGUGGCCAGGUGAGAUAUAAGGCGCAGGUGAGUCGGCGCAGGUGGAUCAGUCGAUGCUGAAGCUGCCGAAACGCUCGGACCGGACAGACACACGGACCGGACAGACACACGGACGCGCCCAGGCAGUUGCGAUAGUUGGACGGCGAUAGGGGAUUAUCUCCACUCGAAUGACCUCUGCUGGACCUGGAGGACGUCUUAGACCGGAUUCUCCUCCCCUCAGACAGAUUAUCCACCCACCCCCCUCCCUCUGUGUCACUUUCACAAAUUUCACUGGCAAAUCCACUCGCUCACUCCCCUAAAUGCAAAACGGCCUCACCUGCCUCCCCUGACCUGAUCGGAGACAGGCACACGAGCUGUGGAGAGGACCGGGCCGGACGCUUGUAAGGGGGACGGACGCUGACCUUUCUGGACUCUGGUUAUCAAGCGGACUGUGGUGGAGGAGGCGCGCUGUAGGAGGUACAGCGCUCGAGGAGGCGCAGGGGAGGAGCUCCCUGAGUACAGGGGCCUGAAGGGGGACGAGGAGGACCAGAAAGUGGGCCGUCUGCAGCCUUUUGUCCCUCAGAAGCAGAGCUGGACUGCCCCUGCUUUCCAGCGGCUCUGGGGGGGUUCUCUGGGGGGGUUCUGGAAGCCCGAUAGAGCUGGAGUCUUGACCUGAGGUGUCGCUGUGAGAGGAGGUUCGUGGGCCCGUCACCGGGUCUACCGUGGGUCUCCGUGGGAACCAUGUACGUUCUGUGCACCCUGGCGGUGCUGACCCUGCACAGCCUGUUUAGGGCCAGGUGGCGCUCCCUGAAGCUUGAGGAAGAGGAGGAUGAGGAGGACAAGAGGCACGAGGAAGAGAAGGGGGACGAGGCUCCCCGCAGCUGCGGCUCCGCAGCCGGACGCAGCCCUGCAGACAGUCUGCGCAGGCAGGGGGACCAGGACCAGCCGAGUCCCAGAGUCAGGCCUGAGAAUGUUCCAGAGAGGAAGAGGAGGAUGAAGCCGGCUCGGCGCUCCAGCGCACUCCUCCACCCGGCGGUCAUGUUCAGCACGCGCAAGACCUGGGACCUCGGCCACGCCCCUUGUUUGCAGGAGCUCUGGAAGAAAGACGUCUCAUUGGACGCGAGCUCAGUGGAUUUCUUGAGUGAGGCUGAGGAGGAGAGCUCCUUCCUCUCACUGCAGAAUUCAGUCUUCCCACGCCACUGUGUGACCUCCGACCUCACUGAUACCAGCAGUACAGGUGACCAACAGCUUCUUAUACAGACCCUUCAGGAGAAAGUGUGCGAGUUCCAAGCCCGUCUGCGCAGCCAAGAGGCCGGACGGCAGCUGCAGCUGCAGCGUCUGCAGCAAAACCGCGAGCAGCGGCUGGAGCAGGGACACGAGCAGCAGUGUCUGCAGCAGGAUCGCGAGCAGCAGUGUCUGCAGCAGGAUCGUGAGCAGCAGUGUCUGCAGCAGGACCGCGAGCAGCAGCGUCUGCAGCAGGAUCGCGAGCAGCGUCUGCAGCAGAACUGCGAGCAGCUGCAGCAGCUGCGGGACAGGGCGUCGCUGAUUCGCAGCCUGCAGGGCGUACUGCGGGAGCGGGAGGCCCAGCUGCACAGAGCCCCGCCCACAGGAGCUACUCAGCUUCUCACAGACAGUCGGUCAGGCCCGGCGGUGCAGAGACUGACAGGCUGUCACAGCCCUGCGCAGGAGGAGAAGGCUCAGCUGCAGGACCGACUGCGCAGCCGAGACAGCGAGCAGCAGACCCUCAUCCUCCAGCUGCGCACACAGGUGAGGGAGCUGGAGGAGAAGCUGCUGGACCAGACCCAGGAGGUGGACCGGCUGCGCUCGGAGCUGGGGGCGACAGACCUGGAGAAGCACCUGGAGAUCCUGGUCUCAGAGAACGAGCGGCUCAAACAGGAGCUGAGCGCCUGCCAGGCCUCGCUGAGGGAAGCGCUAGAGCCCCCGCUCACCUGCACCAACUGCCAGGAUGCAGAGUGCCUGCGCGCCGCGCUGUCCCAGCGGGGGGAGGAGGUGCAGCGGCUGGAGCGGCGGCUGGGGGAGGUGCAGCGGGGGCAGGAGGAGAAGGCGGAGCGGCUGGAGGAGCUCUCCCUGCGGCUGGAGGAGGCGCAGCGGGAGCGGGCGGAGGUGGAGCUGCAGCUGGGCCGCAGGCUGAGGGACUGCCAGCAGGCCCUGUCCCAGCAGGCCGCGCUGCCCCCGCAGGUCAAGUACGUGACCCGCACGGUGGAGGUGGAGUCGGCCGAGUCGCAGCAGGCCCUGUCGGAGGCGCACGGCCGCAGCCUGGCGCUGCAGGAGCAGCUGGGCGUGCAGAGGCAGCUGCUCAGGGAGCUGGAGCAGCAGCUGCACGAGUCGCAGAGGACCUGCGGCCAGCUGCGCACGCAGAUCCUGACGUACGAGGGGGAGAUGGAGCGGGUGCAGGGCCAGCUGGAGGCGGAGAUGCAGUCUCUGGAGGAGGAGAAGAACCGGGUCAUCGAGGAGGCCUUUGUCAGGGCUGAGAGCGAGAUGAAGGCCGUGCACGAGAACCUGGCCGGUGUGCGGAUGAACCUGCUGACGCUGCAGCCGGCCCUGCGCACGCUCACCUGCGACUACAACUGCCUGAAGAGGCAGGUGCAGGACUUCCCCGUCAUGCUGGAGAAGGCCAUCGGCGAGGCCAAGCAGGAGAUCUGCCAGGUGAUCGCAGAGGUGAGCACCGCCAACCAGGAGCUGCUGCGCAAGUACAAGCGGGAAAUGAACCUGCGCAAGAAGUGCCACAACGAGCUGGUGCGUCUCAGAGGUAAUAUCCGUGUGCUCUGCCGGGUUCGGCCCGUCAGCCAGGAGGAGCUGAACGCCGCCGACGCCAAGAACAUGGUGACCUUCGACCCCGACGACGACGCGGUCCUCCACCUGUCCAACAAAGGGAAGGCCAUGUCCUUCGAGCUGGACAAGGUGUUCCCCCCUCAGGCCUCGCAAGAAGAGGUCUUCCAGGAAGUGCAGUCCCUGAUCAUUUCCUGCAUCGACGGCUUCAACGUGUGCAUUUUCGCCUACGGGCAGACCGGCUCAGGGAAGACCUACACCAUGGAGGGCGUGGCCGAGAACCCCGGCAUCAACCAGCGCGCGCUGAAGCUGCUGUUCUCCGAGGUGACGGAGAAGGCGCCGGACUGGGACUUCCACAUCACCGUCAGCAUGGUGGAGAUCUACAACGAGACGCUCCGGAACCUUCUGGGUGACAACCCCAGUGAGAAGCUGGACAUUAAGAUGUGCCCAGACGGAAGCGGCCAGCUCUACGUGCCGGGACUGACGGAGUUCGCGGUGCAGAGCGUGGAGGACAUAAACAAGGUGUUCGACCUGGGUCACAUGAACCGCGCGACCGCGUGCACCAACCUGAACGAGCACAGCUCGCGCUCGCACGCGCUCCUCAUCGUCACCGUCUCCGGCUUCAACUCCUCCACCGGCCACCGCACCUCAGGUAAGCUGAACCUGGUGGACCUGGCCGGCUCGGAGCGCAUCGCCAAGUCUGGGGCGGAGGGCAGCCGCCUGCGGGAGGCGCAGUGCAUCAACAAGUCGCUGUCGGCGCUGGGCGACGUCAUCCACGCCCUGCGCUCCAAGCAAUCCCACGUGCCCUUCCGAAACUCCCGCCUCACCUACCUGCUGCAGGACUCCCUCAGCGGGGACAGCAAGACGCUGAUGAUGGUGCAGGUCUCCCCGAUGGACAGCAACGUGAGCGAAUCGGUGUGCUCCCUCAAGUUCGCCCAGCGCGUGCGCAGCGUGGAGCUGGGCUCCGCCUCCCGAAAACAGGCCGAGAACUCCUCCACCUCCUCCUCGCCCACGCACGACAGCGUGGAGCUUGACUCUCCUCCUGUGACGCCGCUCCCCAUCUCCCGCACCAGCAGUGUGGGCUCCACCCUGGCAUCCGGGAGCAAGACCCCAGGGUCCCGCAGGAGGUCGCAGUCCCACAUUACUGCAGAGUGACAUGUAGACGCGUAGGCACCUGACAGGUGGGGGACGGAGGGCAGGAAGGAUGAAGCUCACCGCCUGAUGGGAAACUUCUGGACUGACCAGGACUCGACCCGGUUCAUUAACAGUUCAUCACAUGCAGGGGUGGGGGGAGGAAAAAAAGCUUUUUUCUGAUUUUCAAUACUUGGGACGGGUGUCCACAAGCACCCUGGUUCUGGUUCCCACGUUUGCGUUCGGCCGAGAGAAGCUCGUCUCGCCGCCCGGCAGGCCAGUGGACACGUUCUCUCGUGACGUCGGUGGACGGAACCCAGCCGGAUGUAAACGAUCGUUCCCUGCGGAACUGGCUCAACGGAAAACCGUGCUCCGUCGCUUUAAGAAAAAAGCUCAGAUGGCUUCCUGCUGCCACGCCCCCUCUACUGUGACAUCAUCUCCCAGCAAGGGGGAGGAGCUAAAACUACACCUUUGAGAGUUCCUGACCCCUUGUGAAAGCGUUGGAUUCGCGGUAAAGACACAGCCUAUUCAAGCUAGUCUGCGGUUGGGGUAAUGAGGACUGGACCCCCACCCCCCCCACAGACAGACAUGGUGGACCACUGGCAAUAUUCUCCAGGACAAAAACGGAGUCUUCCAACUACAGUAUUUGGUUUAUUAUAAAUUUUUAUUUUUUAUUUUGUUUUUAUUUGUUUUGCAAAAUGCACUUUAGAUGAAGCUGUUACCUUAAAUGUGUUGUAAUAUUGUGUAUAGCUUUUUCAGCUACAAAUGUCCGUUAGCAGUAUAUUAAAUGCAACCAUUUUGGUCUGUUGGAACUUGAUGAUUUCACACAAAAUCAGCACCGAAUAAAGCACAGCAAUGCGAUUUUC